AUGCCUCGAGAUCCGUUGAUUGGACUGGUUGGAAAGCCAUCGAGUGGAAAGUCCACAACACUGAACAGUUUGACUGAUGCGACUUCCAAAGUCGGUGAGAAACUUCCCGUAUGUGUCGCGAUUGCGCCGAAACGUCCCGCCUUAUCGAAGACCGCGCAGACCGAGUUAACCCUAUGCAGCUUCACAACCAUUGACCCCCAACGAGCCAUUGGAUAUCUUCAAAUCGACUGCCCAUGUCAGCGAUACAAUGUUUCAGAUCGCUGCUUGCCCAAUUACGGCGGAUGCCAUGAAGGACGGCGCUCUGUGCCCAUUGAGCUGCUGGAUGUCGCUGGUCUCGUACCUGGUGCGCACCAGGGCCGUGGUCUGGGAAACAAGUUCUUGGAUGACCUACGUCAGGCCGAUGCUUUGAUUCACGUGGUGGACGUGAGUGGAACUACGGAUGCCGAAGGAAAGGCCACCCGAGGCUACGAUCCCUCGGUGGAUAUUGAGUGGUUGCGCGGAGAGAUCGUGCGAUGGGUUCUAGGAAACCUGAUGGAAAAGUGGGGAUCUAUCAAGAGGAGACACAUGGCACUGAAGGCAAAUCCUAUCGACACACUGCAAAAACAAUUCGCUGGUUAUGGAAGUACCCAGCAGACGGUAGCCCGCUUUAUGGAUAAGCUUGCCAUCAAGCAGCCUUUGGAAGAGUGGACAGACGAAACAGUAGAGGCCGUUGUCAAUGCCUUUAUUGACGAGAAAUUCCCCACAGUAUUCGCUCUGAACAAGAUCGAUCACCCAGACGCCGACAAGAACGUCAGCAAAAUUGCCAAGAUGCAAGACCCACAAAGCAUUGUGCUAUGCUCCGCUAUAUCUGAGGUCUUCCUCCGGCGACUAGCAAAACAAGAGUAUAUCAAAUAUGUCGAAGGCAGCGAGUUUGUCGACAUGCGAGAAGACUUGAUUGAAAUGGGUGACCCCACAGGAGGAGGCCUUAAAGAGAUGGACGAAAAACUGAAAACCCGGGUUGAGAACCUGAAAGAUAUGGUGCUCUACCGUUUCGGAUCCACUGGAGUUGUGCAGUGCCUUUCCCGGGCCGCAGAGCUGUUGGGCCUUGUGCCCGUCUUCCCAGUUCGUAAUGUCCAGACUUUCAACUCUGGAAAUGGAACCGCCGCGUUCCGUGACUGUGUUCUAGUGAAGAAUACCGUUGGCGAUGUUGCCCGAAAGGUGAUGGGCGAUGUACCUAUCAACUACAUCGAGGGUGUUGGUGGAACACGAGUUGCCGAGGAAGAUAUUGUGGCAGUUGGGAAACACGAUAUUCUCUCCUUCAAGGUCGGUCGUUAG